AUGUCUUCCCUCAAGCAAUUCAUUCGGAAUGUCCGAUCAGCCAAGACCAUCGCCGAUGAACGUGCCGUGAUUCAAAAGGAGAGCGCCGCUAUUCGAGCCUCGUUUCGAGAAGAGAGCCAUGACUCCGGUAUUCGGAGGAACAAUGUCGCGAAGCUCUUGUACCUCUUCACUCUUGGAGAGCGCACUCAUUUCGGUCAGAUCGAAUGUCUGAAACUACUUGCCUCACACCGGUUCGCCGAUAAGCGUCUGGGAUAUCUGGGGACCAUGCUGUUACUGGAUGAGAAUCAGGAAGUUUUAACCUUGGUCACCAAUUCUUUGAAGAAUGACCUCAACCACUCCAACCAAUAUAUCGUCGGUCUCGCUCUUUGUGCUCUUGGCAACAUUGCCUCCAUCGAAAUGUCCCGUGAUCUAUUCCCCGAAGUCGAAGGCCUUAUGUCGACCGCCAACCCAUAUAUUCGCCGGAAAGCAGCCAUCUGUGCCAUGCGCAUCUGUCGCAAGGUUCCAGACCUUUACGAGCACUUCCUCGAGAAAGCCAAGAACCUUCUCUCAGACCGAAACCAUGGUGUACUGCUUUGUGGCUUGACACUGGCGAUUGAUCUUUGUGAGGCGGAAGAGGAGGAAGAAGGACCAGAGGGUGUGAUUGAGAUGUUCCGGCCGCUGGCUGGAGGUCUCGUACGUGCUUUGAAGGGUCUGACAACCUCCGGGUAUGCACCCGAGCAUGAUGUGUCCGGUAUCACAGACCCUUUCCUUCAGGUCAAAAUUCUCCGUUUCUUGCGUGUAUUGGGUCGCGGAGAUGUGGCCACUAGCGAGUUGAUCAACGAUAUCUUGGCCCAGGUGGCCACCAACACGGAUUCCUCAAAGAACGUCGGCAACUCGAUCUUGUACGAGGCCGUUCUUACUAUCCUGGAUAUUGAAGCCGACUCGGGUUUGAGGGUGCUGGGCGUCAACAUUCUCGGCAAAUUCUUGGCUAACAAGGACAAUAAUAUCCGUUAUGUUGCACUGAACACCUUGAACAAGGUGGUUGCAAUCGAGCCUAAUGCGGUGCAAAGACACCGUAACACGAUCUUGGAGUGUCUGCGGGAUCCAGAUAUUAGCAUUCGCCGGCGAGCGCUCGAUCUCAGCUUCAUGUUGAUCAACGAGGGUAAUGUGCGGGUGCUGGUACGGGAACUCCUGGCCUUCCUGGAGGUGGCCGACAACGAGUUCAAGCCUGUGAUGACCACACAAAUUGGCAUUGCGGCUGAUCGUUUCGCGCCCAACAAGCGCUGGCACAUGGAUACCAUAUUGCGGGUUCUCAAGCUGGCUGGGAACUACGUCAAGGAACAGAUCCUCUCUUCGUUUGUCCGUCUCAUUGCUACCACCCCUGAACUGCAGACCUAUGCAGUGCAGAAGCUCUACUCCUCAUUGAAGGACGAUAUCUCACAAGAAGGUCUUACACUGGCUGCGACAUGGACGAUCGGUGAAUACGCCGAUAGUCUACUCCAGGGUGGUCAAUAUGAGGAAGAGGAAUUGGUCAAGGAGGUAAAGGAAAGUGAUAUUGUCGACCUCUUCACCAACAUCCUCAACAGCACCUACGCCACCCAAAUUGCAGUUGAGUACAUCAUCACUGCAUCCAUGAAGCUUACAGUGCGCAUGUCGGAUCCUGCUCAGAUCGAACGUCUGCGCCGUUUCCUCUCUGGUCGGACUGCCGACUUGAGUGUGGAGAUCCAGCAGCGUGCUGUUGAAUAUUCCAACCUCUUCGGUUACGACCAAAUCCGCCGCGGCGUGCUCGAGCGGAUGCCCCCACCUGAGAUUCGCGAGGAACAAAGGGUGCUGGGUGCGCCCACUGCGAAGAAGCGCCAGAGCAAGGUUCUCCGUAGCAAGUCAACCAAAGCCGCCAAACCGGCCGAACAUGACCUGCUCCUCGACCUGGUCGGCGGUGACGCCCCCGUUACCAGCCCUACCUCGAACGGAUCGAACACCGCCGAUCUGCUGGCAGACAUUCUUGGCGGAGACUCCGGCCUGUCAUCGCCUUCACCAGGCCCUGCUAGCCAGAAGAACCCGAACAGCGCCAUCAUGGACCUGUUCGGCUCCAAUGGUCCUUCGCCAUCUCCCCAGCCAACACAACCUGCAUCUGCAUCCAUGGAUCUAUUGGGUGGUGGCAUGGGUGCCUCUGCCCUCUCGCCUUCAGCCUCUCCCGCUCCCGUCUCCGCCUCGACACCAGCACACACUGCCCUCAGCAAGGAUGGCCUCAUCCUCACCUUGCAAGUCCAGCGUAGCGGCCCCAACGCCCAGAUCAUGGCUCGCUUCCGCAACGAGUCCAACUUCGACACGUUCACUAGUGUCGGUCUGCAAGCCGCCGUGCCAAAGAGUCAACGUCUGCAACUGAGCGCAAUUAGCAAAGCCGAUCUCGAAGCCGGUGACGAGGGUACCCAAUCGAUGCGUGUGACCGCUCUGAACGGAGCUCUCCCCGCCAAAAUCCGUCUCCGACUCCGUAUCUCCUCCGCCAAAGACGGCGGCGAUCCCGUUAUCGACCAGGUGGAUUGGUCCGAGCCAUAG